AUGAAAAUGCUUCGCUUUCUUCUCUUCAUUCUCCAUUUCUCUCACUUUACCAAAGGGAAGAAACCAAUCACUUCAUCAUCUUCAUCCUCCACAGACCUUGUAAGUACAUCUUGUUUCCAUGCAAGUUACCCAAAUAUUUGCAUUAAAACCCUCUCAUCUUAUAACUAUGUCAUUAACACCCCCAAAGAUUUAGCAAAAGCAGCUGUUAAUGUCAGUUUUUCAAGAGCCAAAAAAGCUUCCAAUUUCCUUAUCAAACUGAAAUUACAAAGCAAGAGAGAAAAAGGGGCACUUAUUGAUUGUAUAGAGCAAAUAGGUGACUCAAUGGAUGAGCUAAGAAAGGCUCUUUCUGAGCUAAAACAUUUGCACAAAGGAAAUGGUUUUAAGUUGCAAAUGAGUAAUUUGGAGACUUGGGUUAGUGCUGCUUUGACAAAUGAAGAUACUUGUCUAGAUGGUUUCAAAGAAAUUAAUGGAAAAGUUAGAUAUGAUGUGAAGAGAAAGAUUACUAAUGUUGCUAAGGUUACUAGUAAUGCUCUCUACCUCAUCAAUCAACUUGACGUUAGAAGCUAG